AUGCGUAAAAACAAAAAGUCCGAUAAUUUAACUAAAGACAGAGAGUUAAAAGAAACUGAUAACGAAAAUGUCAAAAAUCCUAAUAAAAUGGAGAGGGAAAAUAAUAAUAUCGCUAAACGUAGUCAGAAAGAAAUAGAAUCAAAAAGACCUGCUAACACUCAAAAUCAAAACGAUACUAACAGAGAAAGAUCUGGCAACACCGUGCAAUCAACAAACUUAGCGGAUAAGUUAAAUAUGAAAACCGUCAAAGAAAAUGUACAUACAAGUACCAAAGGUAAACAAGUUUUAGAACAAACCGAAGUAAAACAUAAGACCGAUAAACCUAAAAAUAAAAAUACGCUUCAAGGUAACGAUGAUAAUAAAAAAGAAAAAAAUGUGGCCAAGGACAAAAUUGUAUCCAAACCUGUUAAAAAUAUCGCAAAUGAUAAAGUUCAGAUGUUUAAUAAAACGAAAUCCUUAAAAGAAACCGUUGUGGAGAAACCUAAGAACAUUGAAAACCAACCAAUCAAUGGUGGCAAGGAAGCUACCACAAAACAUCAUACAUUAUCUGGCAACACAGUAAAUGCAAAAGGUUUAAGAAACCAUCAAAAUAAACCAAAAGCUUCUAUUACAAAAUCAAUGAAUAGCAGGUUCAUCAAAGCUCCCAAAUUUGAUAAACGUAAUCCUAAUUUGCAGACGUCGUCGAAAAUACCGCAAACCACCAAGAAGUCGUCGAGCGCCGAGAAUAUACUGAAGAAGAAUCCUUUGAGGAUCAGUCCCAGAAAGAACCUAACAAAAUUCAACACAAUGUCAUCUCUAAACAGCAGCAUCUGGAGCAGUCGGAGCAGUACAAGAAUAGUUAACACGAAUAUACCAAGAUUAGUGAAAAAGCCCAUAUCGAAGACAAAGUCAUAA